AGCGCCGCAAGUCCCGCUAGUCUUGCGCUUCCAGGCCUGAUCGCAAGGCGCCAGAAGAAGGACAUUCCACACACACUGCGCUUCGGCCAGCAUGCAGCAUCGUGCAGCAGCGCUGCUCCUAUGCCUGGUGGCGGCAGGGACAGCCCCGGCCCGGGCCGCGCGCCCAGCCGCCUCUGCCGCGCUGACCGCCGGCGCCGCCGCCGGCCUGCCCGUGGGCGCCCCCGCCCCCUGGUUCUGCCACAACCUAGACUGCCCCAAGUUCACAGUGGUCAACACCACCGACGACUACGAGGUCCGCUACUACGAGGCCGGAGCCUGGGUCAGCACCGACGUGGAGGCCUAUGCGUAUGCGCUGGGCGUCAGCAAGGGGUUCCAGCGCCUGUACCAGUACAUUGAUGGCGCCAACCACGCCGCCGUCAAGAUCCCCAUGACCGCCCCCGUCAGGACCCUCAUCAGCGCGGCGGCAGGUCCAUUCUGCAAGAGCAACUUCACCAUCUCCUUCUUCGUGCCCUUUGCCUUCCAGAAGGACGGCGCCCCCAAGCCCAACAACCCAGACGUCUACCUGGACCACUCCCCUGCCUUCACCGCCUUUGUGGCGCAGUCUGGCGGCUUUGUGAUGGACGACUUCUCGGUCACCCGCAUGGCCAAGAGGCUGACAGAUGCGCUGGACCGCGACGAGCAGCCGUACAACGCCGACACUUUCUUCUUCGCAGGCUACGACCCGCCCUUCCGCCUCAUGGGGCGGCACAACGAGGUGUGGGUGGUGGCGGAGGAGGAGACCGGCGCGCAGACAAGCUAG